AUGGAUCCGCCCACCACCGCGGGCAAGCGCAAGCGCCCGGCCGCUGCCGGCGCCGCCGUCGACGAGGUGUCCGACGCCGAUGUCGAGGAGUUCUGCGCCAUCCUCCGCCGCCACCACCGCAUGCGCGACGCCUACCGCCGCCCCGUCUCCGGCGCCCGAGCGGGGCCCCAGACUCCCACGCACGUGCCGGCGCCGUGGCGCCCCAGCUUCUCCAUGGCGGACUUCGCGCAGCCCGCUCCGACGCCGGCGGCGGUUCCGGCGCUGCGGCAGCAGCAACUGCCCGUGGCCGGCAACGCCACGCCGCCACGGCGUCCCGCCAGCAUCGGCGUCGACCUCAACGCCGAGCCGGAGCCCCAGGAGCCGCCCACCCCGCGUCCAGAGCGCGACCAGGCGUAG